AUACAAACUACAAAUGUAUAAUGUUUUAAAAGAUAAUUUUCGUCGAAUAAACUAGUCCAGAUCAUCUCGAGCAUCAAACUUAAGAACAAGCAAUGAAUACAACCUAUUUUAUCUUAUUCGAUCUUAAUAUGUUUUAUAGAUAACAUUAAAAAAUAUAUUUUUUUUAAGUUUGUUUAUAUUCUAGAUUUGAAACAAGUUUCUGUGUUUCAAAAUAAUUAUAAUUACGUCAUUGCUCUCGAAUAACAUGUGAAACAUUGUAGAUGAACAUCUCUUUCAAAUUCACGAAAAUAACAAGAGAUCAAAAUGUUCGAUAUUUCCUUUCCUAAAACUUUAUAUUUUAUAUUAAUAUCGAUCAUUUUCACAGUAAAAUCUGAAGAAUAUGACUUUUGCCCGAAAUCCGAUGAAAUUAUGAGAACCGAGGAAAAUUGUGGAAAUUUCGAACGUUUAUCGAACAAACGCUAUAUACUAUACGAUGUUAAUCCUCCCGAAGGUUUCAAUCUAAGAAGAGAUGUAUACGUUCGUGUUGCUGUUUUUGUAAAGAAUUUAAGUAAAAAGGAUAAAAAAUACGAUUGGCAUUUAGUCCUACCACCAUGGGGUGAUUUGUAUCAUUGGCAAAGCAAAGACGUGGGUCCACAAGUAUUGUUGCCAUGGGGUUUAUUUUUUGAUAUUGCAAGUUUACAAAAAUAUGCUCCUGUUAUUGAAAUGUACAAAUUCUUCGAAGAAUAUUCUUUGAAGAAUAAAAAGACACAGUUGGAUACCGUGUAUAUUUUACAAAACGAUGAAGAAAUGUUUAAAACCGGUUUAUUCGUUGAUAAGAACGAAGAAACAGAGUGUUCUUCCAAACUUAUACGUUAUAGAAAAUUGAAAGAAGAGUACAUCGGUUACUUUUGGAAUUUUCCUAAUGUCACUAGUAAACAAGUGAAAUGUAUUUUGUUUCAUGGAACAACAUCGAAUCUCAAAGUUAAUCUUAAUCCUUCUCUUUACAGAUCUGUCAUGUUUGAUCAUAUGGAAAUACCUUUGCACGAUUCUUACGGUUCUAAAGAUUACUGGAAGGCAAGACGUAGUAUGCGUUACAAUUCUGAGCUUUACAACAUUGCAUCUGACUUUAGAGCAAAAUAUUUAAAUUCUACAGAUAAAAAUGACAAUACCGAACGUCCUCUCGAUUGGACCAAAGAAAAAAAAAAAAGAAAUGCAAUUGGUGGUCCGUACUUGUCAGUUCAUUUGAGAAGACGCGAUUUUCUUGUCGGCCGGACAAAAUCGGUGCCAACGAUAAAGGGAGCCGCGUUUCAGUUGGCAAACAAAAUGAAAGAAUACGGAUUGGAAUUUUUAUUCGUAGCUACUGAUGCAGAUGAGCAAGAAAUUGCUGAACUCAAGUCAUACUUACCGCAAAAUUCAGUUUUAAAUUAUGUGCCAUCAAACGAUGUUAAAAGAAAGUUUAAAGAUGGUGGUGUCGCAAUUAUAGAUCAAAUAAUUUGCUCGUAUGCUAGAUACUUUAUUGGAACGCACGAGUCAACUUUUACAUUUAGGAUACAAGAAGACAGAGAGAUUAUUGGAUUUCCUCCAGAAAGAACUUUCAAUCGAUUAUGUAAAACCAAAGAGAAGUGUUCAUUCGGUGAACGCUGGGAAAUAGCAUGGUAAUAUGAUUUCAA